AUUUCUUCUAAUCUAAUUCGUUCUUUUACUCGGAAAUUAGGGCAGUGCCUUUCCUCUCCUUCUUGGAAGAUCGCGGGUAAUAAUUGGUCUCCUACACGUUUACUCACUGAGUUUCGAUUUCCGACUCACCGAGUUACCAACACGUUUGUUCGUUUUAACAUAUAGUUCUCUCACGCGCCGAUGAACAACGGUUUCGAAGUGUUCGAAUUCAAGGAGGAAGACGGGAUUUCAGAAUUGACAGCUGAUAAAUGCUUUUGCAAAUUGAGAAACCCUAAUUCCGAUGACCCGGCGACUAUGGAAUGUCAGUUUCUCGAAUGCGUUGCCCAUGGUGCUGCGGUUCAGAGAAAAGAAAUGGACAACAUUCCUUGCAUAGAUGUUGGUGGAAUUGAUGGGGCUACUCCUGCUGCCUCGCUGGGUCCUGGUGAAAAUGAAUUUGCCAAGGAAGGAAACACUGAGCUGGAUGUUUCCCCAGAGUCGAAGUCCACAAGUUCUGAACAACAGCCAGACUUAGAAAAAUAUAUGCAUAAGUGUGGAAGUACCUUUCCUGAGUUUGAGUCUAGAAAUUCAUUUUCUGAAGCACCUUCACCUGGGAAAAGACAAUUAAGCUGUCCCCUUUCAAGUUCUCCAUUAAUUAACGAGCCAGUUGAUAUGACUUCAGAUGGUAAUGGAAGCAUGAGUGAAAGAUCCACAUCAAAUCCUAUUUCUGAUGUAGCAGAGGAUAAUGUUUCUUUGAAUGGCAAUGUGGUAGAUCAUUUUGAUGGAAAUAUCCCUAUGGAUAACAUAGAUAGAGAAGUUGUUAUAUGUCCGGAAUAUGUUGUAUAUCAAGAUAAUUAUUAUACAGGGGUAUCAGUCAUUUUUUCUCCUGAUGGCAUCAAAAUUGAGUGCUCAACUGUGAGUUAUCACCAUGUGGCCUUUAGUUUUGAAAGGGGAGUUGAUGAUAUUAUUAACAUCCAUUGUCAGUGGUUUCAAAGGGGUGGGUGUAUGAUUGUCAAUCUGAAAGUCCUCUCAAAGGUUGCGGCAGAGGCUGAGAAUGAAUGUAGCACUUCAUUUAUUGAGGAAUUAAAGUUCACGGUAUUUGACUCCAGAUGGUCUGAGAAACAGGAAGCAAUCACUUCAUUAAAUCAUAAAUACCUGGCCAUGUGGAAUAUUGUGUUUGAUCCACUGAUGGAAAUGGAUGGGGAUGAUUCACCAAUACAUAAGUCUUAUUUUCCAAAUUUUGAUGAGCCUUUUGAGGAGGUUAUAUAUCCAAAAGGUGAUUUUGAUGCUGUUUCCAUUAGCAAGAGAGAUGUUGAUCUGUUAGAACCAGAGACCUUCAUCAAUGAUACGAUCAUUGACUUCUACAUUAAGUAUUUAAAGAAUCAGAUAGAACCUGAAGAAAGGCAGAGAUUCCAUUUUUUUAAUAGUUUUUUCUUUCGGAAACUUGCUGAUCUUGACAAAGAUCCAUCCAGUAUUUCUGAUGGCAGGGCUGCUUUCGUGCGAGUUCGUAAAUGGACAAGAAAAUUGGACAUGUUUGGAAAAGAUUACAUCUUUAUACCAGUAAAUUUCAACCUUCAUUGGAGUUUGCUAGUCAUAUGUCAUCCUGGUGAAGUGGCUGCUUUUAAAGAUGAGGAUUUGGCCAAAUCAUCGAAGGUACCAUGCAUAUUGCACAUGGAUUCUAUCAGAGGAAACCAUGCAGGUCUUAAAAAUCUAGUCCAAAGUUACCUUUGGGAAGAGUGGAAAGAGAGGCACAAGGAGACAUCUGAAGAUUUUUCUUCAAAAUUCUUGAACUUGCGGUUUGUCUCACUCGAGCUGCCACAGCAGGAGAAUUCAUUUGAUUGCGGCCUUUUCUUACUCCACUAUCUAGAGCUCUUUUUAGCUGAAGCUCCUCCUAACUUCAACCCCUUCAAAAUAAUCAAGUUCUCUAAUUUUCUUAAUUUGGAUUGGUUUCCACCUACUGAGGCAUCUCUAAAGCGCACUCUCAUCCAGAAGUUAAUUUUUGAACUCCUAGAAGUUCGUUCUCAGGAAAUCAGUUCAUCUCAUUGCAGUGAUGACAAUAAUUCUUCUGAAAAGAUUAAAAAUGAAAACGGCAUGGAGUUUAUUUCAGGGAGUUUCAGUACAGAAGUAGCUGAUCAUGGGAAUUUAGAUUCUCAAGCAGGUCGAGAGAUUGAAAUGACUCUGUUAGCAUCAUCUUCUAUGAGAAACAUGGGGAGUGUUAAUGAUUCUGGUCUGGUUCUCAGGGAGUUUUUUGAUCCAGGAGUUACAACAGGGCCUUUGCUCGGACAAUUUCAAUCUUUUGACCAGCCUCCAUAUUACAAUCUGAAUGAGGCUAUAUCACCAACAGAGGAAGUGCAAACUGGUCAACAGUUUACUUAUUUGGCUUCUGGAGAAACUGGUUUUCCGCAGUUCUCUGGAAUCACACCUCAAGCUUGUGAACCUCCAUAUUCAUCAGGAGGUUUUGGCAUGGGAAGUACAUGGAAUCCUGAAAUUUCCAUGCAAGGAGAUCAUGAAGUUGACACAUCUUCUGAAACAUCUGCCUCUGGUGAUGAAGAUGAUGAUAUUGGGAUUAUUGAAUGUAAUCCCUUUCAGGUUAAUGAGGAACGAAUCCAAAGACGGGAUACAGUUCAGGAACAGUCUCAUCUCGUGGAAAAUGUAGUGUCUCUGAAGAAAGUUUCCAUGCCUGCCUCCGUUGAGGUGCUGGAGACGUCUAUCAGUGAAGUUUGUGGAGCUUCGGAGGACACUGUCAAGACCUGGAUUAGCACUGUGGAUGCAGACCUUUGCUCAACCGAUGAUUUACCUUUAUUGUUGCAUCAAAAUCCUGGUGCAGCGGUGAACCGGUUGGAUCAGGACCCUGAACUCAUUAAAAAUAAUGCCGAAAAGGUUGAGAACAAGGCCAUAGAUGAUAAUGUGCAAACAAUUGGUGAAGACCUUCCAUCCGUGGAUAAUUCAACUCUAUCAUUGUCUAGAAACCCCGAUAUGUUGUUGAAACGGUUGGAUCAGGAUUCAGAACCUGUUGAAAACAAGGAGGCUAAAGCUGAUGACUUCCCACACGAAGAUAAUUCAACUAUGUUCACGCAUCAGAAUCCAAGUACAGUGUUGAACCAGUUGAAUCAGGAUUCAGAAAUGGUUGAAAACAAGGACACAAAUGACCAUGAUGUGCAAAUAACCAGCAAUGACAUGUCAGCAGAAAUAGCCGAGCAACCAGUAGCAAAAAGGAUGCGGCUUACGCCUUCUGAUGAAGAGAAAGUGGACUCAUAGAGAAGGCCUGCUGAAAAUUGGAAUUUUUUGCUAGUUGGUUUGUUUCCAUCAUUCACGUUACACUAGGAAUUCAAUCAACCCUUAACUAUGUAUUUACGUUGUGCCAUACUGUGAAUACUGUUAGUGGCUUUAUGUUGACAAUGGGGCCGUAGGUGAUUCGUUUCAACCCUUUUGGAUAGCUUUCUUAGCUAUAUUAUACUAUACCCUGUUAAGGAGA